UUAGCUGGUCUGAGUUUUCGUCAAGCUAUUACAACACUUUUAAAAGUCAAGGGUUUGUUGGAAUUUUCAUCUUUAUCAAACCUGCAAUUAUGAUAUGCGAUCCUAAGCUAGUGGAGUGCAUUUUAGUGAAAGAUUAUAACCACUUUCAUGACAGGGCUACUCUAUGGAAUUCAGACAAACUUUUGUCAAAAUCACUUCUCGAUGCCAAGGGAAGUGAUUGGAGACUUCUGAGGCAAAACCUAUUGCCCAUAUUUUCGUCAGGAAAACUAAAGGGAAUGUUCACGCAGAUUUUCAACUGCGGCGAUUGGAUUACGAAACGAAUCAAAAGUGUGGCGGUAACAGGAGACUCUGUUGAAAUGGAAUCUUUAGUAUUUGAAUGUGUGACAGAAGUGAUAGCAAGUUGUACGUUUGGAGUUCAGGUAUUGUCCGAUCCUAACGAAAAUAAAAAAUUCAAGGCCGUAUAUAACCACAUCUACAGUUAUUCACCAUUAAAACUGAUCAAGCAUUUAAAUUCUCUCGUGCAUAAACACAUUUUCAGUAUUUUUCGAGUCUCUGGAAUUCACAAAUCAGUACCUGGGUAUUUUAUAAGUCUGACGAAAUCUAUCAUAGAAUAUAGAAAACUCAAUAAAAUUAAAAGACCUGAUUUUCUUCAGCUAAUGUUGGACCUGAAAGAUGAACAAGAGGCUGAUUGUAUGAGUAAUAUGAAGAAAAGGAAAGAAACUUGUCUCUUUUCAAAUAGUGCAACUCAUGUGAUGAAUGACAGUAAAGAAGAAAAAUUAUUAUUUAAUGAAGAAAGAAUAGCUUCGCAAAUGUUUAGCUUCUUAUUCGCAGGUGCAAGCUAUACCGCAACCACCAUGUCAUUCGCUUUGUUUGAGAUUGCCAAGAACGACUUGAUACAAAGACGUUUACAAGAAGAAAUCGAAGCAUCACUGAUGAAACAAAGAGGAUGGAACUAUUUGGCAAUAAAAAAUAUGAUAUAUCUUGACCAAGUUAUCCAGGAAGUUUUGCGCCUUCACCUGUUCAGCCCAUAUACCCGCUUAGUGACUGAACCUUACACAAUACCCGGAACACAAAUUACCUUGGAGAGAGGAAUGUUGGUGUUCAUCCCCGUGUCCGCCAUUCACAGGGAUCCCCAGUACUACCCCUCACCGGAGCAGUUCAACCCCGAUCGGUUUGCCGGCAACAACUACAAGCCGAGUGCCACGUUCUUGCCGUUUGGCCAUGGACCUAAGAUCUGCAUCGCUGUCAAGUUCGCCAUGCUCAUCGUCAAGGUCUGCCUCGCUAGAAUCCUCUCCAGUUAUACAAUCCGGCUUAGUGAGAAGAUGGAAUUACCCAUGUGUUUGGACUUAGAAGCUCCUACUCCUAGGAUCAAAGGCGGCCUAUGGUUGGAGUUCCAAAAGAAAAAGUAAACUUAGCUACGUUGUUCCAUGUAAAUUUAAUUCCUUAAAGCUUCUACAAACAAGCAUGACCAGUCAAAACAGUAACAAAAAUCGUUGACCGCCCCUCUGGCUCUUUCUUACGGUUUUGCUGAGACCUAUUUAGUGUUCCAACAGUAUAGCUGUUUAGAUGGGCCUUAUCAGACCAGACCUUGAGGAAGUUUUCCUUCUGCUCACUGCAACGCGAAUGAAAAAAAUCAUUCAUAAUUUUUGCAUGUUUGUAAUCCAUAUUUGCAUUUUUAGAUUGUAUAUUAUCUUUAUAUAUUCAUUCUUUAUUUAAUUGGUUUUAAAGACCGUGGAUCAACAAACAGACAAUAACUUGAUACAGCUAUAUAAACUAAUUAGGUUGCAUGAUAUAAAACUGUAUAAAAAUAUGCAUAGUUUAAACACCUAAAAACAGGAUAUGUUAGAAAAUUAAUACAAUGAUAAAUGAUGAU